CCAACGUGGGGCUUGAUCCCAGGACCCCUGGAUCAUGACCUGAGCUGAAGGCAGAUGCUUAACGGACUGAGCCACCCAGGCACCCCUCCCAGUACUUUUAUUAAAAUAGAGAUUUACAAUAGGUUUUCAUGGAUCAUUUUUUUUUUAAUGGAAUACAGGAAAGGGAUCUACCUGACAUGUAUCCUUAGAAAUACUGGCAGUUUUUCUUAAACAAUCCAGUUCCUCAUCUGUUGCUUUUUCAUUCUGUAUACUGCAAGUUCCUAAGCAACUCAAAUUUGCAAACACAGCUAUGGAUACACUAUUUGCUUUACAGUAGUUAUGUGGGAAUCUAGGUCUUGGUUUUUGUUAUUUUCCCCUCCCCUCCAUUUCUUAAUCAUAUAUAACUAGCAACAUUUAUGGCUAGAGGUUGAUUUACAAGUCUGUAGCCUCUAGUUUGAAGCAAGACAAGGAUGAGUAGUCAGGAAUUGGUCACUUUGAAUGUGGGAGGGAAGAUAUUCACAACAAGGUUUUCUACCAUAAGGCAGUUUCCUGCUUGUCAGUUGACAAGAAUGAUAGAUGGCAGAGACAAAGAAUUCAAUAUGAUUGGUGGCCAGAUUUUUGUGGACAGAGAUGGUGUUCUAUUUAGUUUCAUCUUAGAUUUUUUGAGAACUCACCAGCUUUUACUACCCACUGACUUUUCAGACCAUCUUAGGCUUCAGAGAGAGGCUCUUUUCUAUGAACUGGAUCCUCUGGUUGAUCUCUUAAACCAAGAACACCUGCUACAGCCAAGACCUGCUAUUGUGGAGGUGCAUUUCGUAAGCCGAAACACUCGAGCUUUUUUCAGGGUGUUUGGCUCUUGCAGCAAAACAAUUGAGAGGCUAACUGGGAGGAUUACAGUGUUUAUAGAGCAACCUUUAGCACUGACCUGGAGUCAUAACUCUUUCCCUCCUCAGAUGACCUUACUUCCACUGCCUCCACAAACACCUUCUUACCAUGACCUGGUUUUCCAGUGUGGCUCUGACAGAACUACUGAUAACCAAACUGGAGUCAGGUAUGUUUCUAUAAAACCUGAUAACCGAAAAUUGGCCAAUGGAACUAAUGUCCUCGGCUUACUAAUCGACGCUUUAUUAAUGGAAGGCUUCCUUAGCGCCAGAACAUUAUCCUCUGAAGACAAAAGUGAAUGCUAUUGGUUUGAAAGGAUAAAAAGGCCUGAAGCUCUUACCAUGAACAAAACAUUGAAACCAGAGACUACCAUCACGUCAGAGCAAUCUCAGAAAAAGAAAUGAGGUUCUCUGUUCUCUUUUAAAGUAAAGAGAAAUUGCCAUUUUCUUGUUUGGAAAUUCCAUAUUUAUGGCAUGUAUGUUAGUCAUAUAUGUACUCAUCUUAACUUUUGGUCUUGUCUCCUAGUGCGCCAUCUCUGGCAACCAUACCUCAACAGUGCUUUAAGCCACACUAACUGCUUGCUGCUCUCUAAAUAACACUGUGCACUUGGUGCUCUGGCAUAUGCUCCUUCUACCUUCAAUGCCUCCUUCCCUUUCUUUUCUUCAUGAACACUUACACAGCUCUUAAGAAUGGGUUCUGGAAUCAGACUGCUUGAUUUCAAAUCCGAACUUAAACAAUUACUACCUAUAUGACUUGGGCAAGUCAUUUAAGCUCUCUGUGCCUCAACUUCUUUAUCUAUCAAAUGGGGAUAAUGUUAUCUCCUUCUAGGAUAUGUGAAAAUAACAGGAGAUGAUGUAAAGUACUCAAUACACUGUCUGGCACAUGGUAGACAAGUAACUGUUAGUGAUGGCAAUGAUGAAGAAAAAAACUGGUAGCCUGCUUUCAAUUGUACCUCUUCUGUGAGGCAUUUGUUCCCUUUUUUCCCCAGGCAUAUUAAUCAGCUUUUUUCUCUGUAUAGACUUAUAUGCCAUCAUAAAAACAAACUUUUUUCACUUGACUGUGAGCUCAAUUCACUCAAAAGUUUUAACAAUACUAUGUGUCAAGCACUACUAAACAUUUGGUAAGAGGAAUAAUAACUGUUACUAAUUAGCACCUACAUUCAGUGAAAAGCUUCUGAAUAACCUCUCCUAACAUUUAAAAUAUACAUAUACUAUGACUUAGUGAUUCCUCUUGUAGGAAUUCCUUAUAUAUAUGUGUCAUUUUGAGCACUAGGAUAAACAUCUAGAAAAGGAAACAUUAUGUCAAAGAGCACCAAACACACAGCAGGGUUAAAAACGUGCACGGAAGCAGUUGAGUACCUUUUUAAAAAGUACAAAUUAAUUCAUUAAAAGACGUACAUUAAACAUUUGUUAGACACCAUACUAGGUUUUCAGAAUUAAAAAAUUAGUAAGACAAAAAUUCUUAUUCUCAAAGAGCUCACAUUCAAGAGAGAAAGUACAUCAUCAUAACAGGAUAAGAUUAGAAAUAAACUCAAGUUCAUCAAUAGGGAAUGGGUAAAUUAUGGUUCACACAAUGAAAUACUAUGUAGUCCUUAAAAAAGAAUAGGGCAACAGUUUACAAACUAAGGAAAGAUUGUCAAAUAUUUAUAAGUGGAAAAAAAGCAAAGAGCAGAACAAUAUAUAAAGUGGGAAAAUAGAUUUCCCUUGUGUGUGUAUGUGUAUGUGUGUGUAGUUUCCAUUUGUGGGAACAUACUCAUUUUCUUAUACAUGCAUAGAAUUUUCAGCAAAGAUACGGGUCACCUAUGUAGAAGGCAACAAGGUGAGUGGGGUUUAGGUGUGGAAGGAAGACUUACUUUCACUAGAUCAGAGUAGAUAUAUUAUCUAUUUAAAAAAAGGGAAAGGAAGAAGAUACACCUGAAAGACUGUGUGUAUGUGUGUGGGGGAAGCGA